AUGCGCGAAUCUCUCCGUCAUAGAACUAAUCUCACUAAUGCUAUUAAUAAUCAAAGUGCAAAUUUUUUCAAAGAUGACGACGACGAUGAUGAUGUCACUAGACGAGCUGGCCGUGCAUCGUUUGCCAAAGACUUAAAUUACAAAGGUUCAUCAUGGGUCUUUAUCAUUUUAGUAUAUUUUUUCGCUGCCUGUUUCAUCUACGUCAGAAAUUACACUUUCCCCGAGCCGAUUAGUGCAAAGUUAGGGUCGGCUGAUGUUUUCUCUGAGGAAAGGGCACGGGAUUAUCUGAACGGUUUUGUUGAUCUGGGUAGCAGAAUAGUCGGCAGUCGAGAGAAUGAAGUUCUGGCCGUCCAGUUUUUGAUGCGAGAGAUUGAAAAGAUUAAAAGAAGAAAUGAAAGAAUUGUUUGGAACAAAAAGAAAAUUGAGGCAGAAAUUCAGACAGCUAGCGGUUCCUUUGAUUUGGACUUUCUAGGUGGCUUCACGAACGUCUAUCAGAACAUUCAGAACGUGAUUGUGAGGUUGUCAUCAUCAUCUGACGGAGGGGGGAACAAGACAAGUGAACUCAACCCUGCAUUGCUUGUUAACUGUCAUUAUGAUACAUUUAUUAACACUCCCGGAACAUCAGAUGACGCCGUAAGUUGCGCUAUAAUGCUGGAAGUAUUGAGAGCGCUAGUCGAACGACAAGACACAUCCCUAAUUCAUGACGUCAUCUUCCUGUUUAAUGGCGCCGAGGAAACAAUAUUACAAGGUAGCCAUGCGUUUGUGACGUCACACAGGUGGUUCCAUGACGUGAGGGCAUUCAUAAAUUUGGAGGGUGCAGGAGCCGGGGGCAAAGAACUCUUGUUUCAAUCUUCAUCUCAACACCCUUGGCUGUUGAACAUGUAUGUGGAAAAUGUGCCCCACCCAUUUGCCAGCAUUUUGGCUCAGGAAAUUUUUCAAAGUGGCCUCAUACAGUCAGAAACUGAUUUUAGAAUCUUUAGAGAUUUCGGUAAACUGCCAGGCCUUGACAUUGCGUACAUAAAGAAUGGAUACGUGUAUCAUACGAGGCAUGAUACUCCUAGAAUGAUACCAGCUGGAUGUAUACAGAGAGGAGGUGAAAACCUCUUCUCAUUGGUCAGGUCCAUAGCGAGCUCCGCCUACUUGACCAAUCCCGACUCGUUUCCAUACAAACAGCUUGUAUUCUUUGACCUGAUUGGCUACUCGGUUGUCUGCUUUAGGGCUUCAUUCUUGUUUGCUUAUAAUAAUUUGCUCUGUUUGCUGGUUCAUCUCAAAGUCUUGUCAUCACUAGCACGUAAAGGCUACCUCUUCCACCUGACAACAUCUGUCCUGUCGACGAUAUUGUCCUGGGUGGCUGGCAUUUUAGCCUCACUUUCGGUAGCUGCCCUCAUCGAUUUUCUUGGGUUUCCCAUGACCUGGUUUUCUAAUAGGUGGCUUCUGAUUGGUCUCUACGCUGCUCCCUCAUUGGCCGGCGUUAUCUCGGUCAUGAGUUACCUGCAAUCCUAUUGGACAAAGCACACGAGAUUGACAGCUUCAAAUAUGGAAAGCCUUCUGGAUGACGGCCAGUUGGUCAUAAUCAGCACAUCCCUACUUUUUUUGUCCUGGAAGCAGAUUCUUUCACUUCUGCCAUCCUGUCUGCUAAAUAUUUACUUCCUUGAGGGGGCACUAAACACUUUCAUACCCUUGAUGGGCCGUGCAGGGCCGUCCAAAAAUCCCGACCUCAUCAUCGGGACUGCCGUCGCCGUCUUCAGUCUCUAUUUCAUGGCCUACCAUGUGAGUCUGUUGAUGGUGACGAGGUCUCCGAAGAGGCACCUGGCCACUUUGGGGCUGGCGCUGGCUGUCUGUUUCGCACUCGCCACACUUACUCCUGUCGGCUUUCCAUACAACAACAGCAGCGAAUAUCCAGCUAAUCAGAGAGUCUUUUUGCAGAUUGUGGAGUUCAAUUACAAAAAAGCCCAUGGUGGUGGAAGUAUAAACUACACUCUCUCCAUCAGAGGCCCCAACUACAUGAGCGUUUACAUUAGCACGAUGUCGAGCGUUUACCUGACCUGGUGGUCGAUAGGGAACCAAAAUCCGGCACCCACCGAUAUGCCCCAUGUCUAUGUUGCUGACGAUAAUAAGAAGCAUUAUUUUAUCUAUGUUGCCAGAGGCGCCAUCUUUGAUGGUGGUGUGGGCGAUAAUAUAAGUGGUAAUUAUGGCGGUAGUAACCGCGAUGGUGCUGAUGAUGAUAGAAAUGGUAAUAAUAAUAAUAAUAAUAACAGGAAUAAUAAGCUGAAACAGUUCACUCUGCAUUUCGUUGUUGAGAGCACACAUUCUAACCAGCCAUUGGCGGAGAGAAGAAACCUUGAGGUGGCCCUCCUGGGACACCAUUUUGUAAAUGGCGCCACUCAAUUAUCGCCCGCCCUCUCCUCCAUAGAACAGAUACUGCCCGACUGGGUGACCGGUAUUAUAUCCGCCAGUACUUACGAUUCUUGGGUGAUAUAA